AUGACUGCGGACGACCAAUUCACCAUUGCCAAGCGGUUCGACACGCUGCACAUGCGCAACGUUCUUUACCUGCAGGAUACCAUGGCGGAAAUCGAGGACCGUCUCAUGCAGCUAGAUAAAGAAGAGACUUGUCAGACAUUCUUGAGUUCUAGACGGUACGACGACAACUCAGAAAGACAGGAGCUGUUGCGCAACCUCAAUGCGCAACUCGAGGCUUACGAUAAUGCUGUCCUCCGCUACCAGACGCUCCUACAACUUCCGCCAGUGAGUUCGGCCGUGAAAUCUAGCGUGCGCAACUGGGUUCUCGCAAAGAAACCACUAGUGCGGUCCGAGUCGCGGGUAUUUCUAGAUAACGAACAUGAGGCGGAUAUAGUCGCACUGAAGCCUCCCAAUAAUGACUUUGACCAUGGGAUCAUUUUUCGUCUCUUCGCGGUUGGUGUCACAUACGCUCCUCGGUUGUCUAAGAUGCUAUUCUCUAGCCCAGGCAUCGACCAAAAAUCUUCCGAUCCCCAAGUGAUUCUCCUUUCUUCCCACUCAGUGAUGAUAUUCAUACGGAUGCUCCACGCACUAUUCGCAACAUUAUGGCUCGCCACACCGGUGCUUGUCUUGAACUUCCUAUCCAACGUACAACAUAGAUUGCUUGUUUUCAUCGUCUUUCUCGUGGCGCUCGCUCUUGCAACGGCGACUAUGGAGAGAGUCAGAAAGUACGAGAUUCUGAUCUCAGUUGCUACCUACUGCACCGUGCUCGUCGUGUUCUUUGAUUCGAAUACUCGAGGUUGA